GGAGCAGGCGGAUUUGAGAGCAUCCACAUCAAAACCCGAAUCAUACUAUCCUCUUUCUCACCUUGCUGAUUUCGUGCUUAGUCGUGUUUGCACGGCCCCAGGUUCUAGGAAUCUGCAUGACCUAAGCUGGUCAGCCUCAAGCGACUAAGCUAAUUCUAGAUAUUGGUCCCUUGUUGAACAUGGGUAACCUUUACCAGGGGCGAGCUCUUUUCUAUACCUACUACCCAUUUGACCUAACCUUGCCUUUACUCAUCAUUUUGGUUUGAUUUACCCAACUCUGCCGUGCAAAAACUAUCACAAUGGACAUCACCGACAAAAAGCAGUCCGCUAUGAAACUAGUAUUCAUUACACAAGUGGCUUCCGUGAAGAAAAGCAAAGAGACAUCCACUAUCAUAAGAAAGCAUGUGAUGCGCGACAUUGGCAAAUCGAGACGGAAGCAGCGCCGCUACCCUCAAACGUCCCUGGAAUCACCCGAAUCUAUCAGUCGACUGGGUCGACAGCAGCUAUCUGUACCCAGAGAGACGCCAGUGCUGCCAUGGGUCGAAUCGCAAGAGGAGAAUGGUCCCCUACUAGCACAACCAGAGCCUCCACAUCAACAUGACCCCGCCAAAAGUACAGGGGCGGGGUCGUACCCAGAUAGUCAACAUCGACAGCCACCGAACGGAAUAUUUGUACCAGCAGAUGUAGAACGUCCCGCUAUCGACCGAACAUGGACGGGUCGUUCCGAUCCUUUUGUCAAAUUCCCUGUGGAGAUGAAUGACAGAAUACGGGAACUCAUUGAUCUCGCCUUCGACGACCGAUACAUCAAUAUUGGACCAUUCAGAGAUGCAUGUCUGCCAGUAGGUAUGCUGGACGAGGCUGCCUUCCACCAAGUCUUAUCAAAUGCGCUGCUCAAUAUCGCCAGUCGCCGUCCCACCGGCGCUCAAACGGAAACUUAUGAUGCCAUGAACCAUCAUGCGUUGGCCAUAAACUCCAUAAACGAACGAAUAAAGGAUGUCAAAACUGCAACGUCAGAUGGUUUUAUCGGGGCGGUGGCUGGGUUUAUGUGCUAUCAUGCUUACACUGGCAACUUGGCCGCAUGCCAGACUCAUAUGAAAGGCGUGGAAGAGUUGAUACGUUUAAGAGGCGGAGUGGAGACCCUUGAUUCGAAUAAACCCGUCAGGUUGCUCCUUGGAUGGUCUGAUGUGGGUGGGUCUGCGAUCGAGGACUCACAGCCACGAUUUCCCUUACCCCAAAAAUUACUUCCCGAGAUAGACAGUUUUCAACCGUGCCAAGCAAUAAGUAACCAAAUCGAUGACAUUCUUACCAUCUGGUCGUAUAGAUUCCCAAGUCACGUAACCAUGCUAAUCCUCAUUGGCGACUUGUUGAGAUUCAAUAACCACCUUAAACGAGAAAUGGAACGUACAGAUGGACGUAUACUAAGCAACGGAGACUUCGCCACUGGAUACCUGUUUCCACUGCUCCACCGAACAUUGAGCCUUGCCGGCGACGCAAUCAUUGCUGCUCCUGACGAUCUAAAUGUCUUACAGGCGUGCCGGAUAGGAUGCACACUCUACCUCGCAGAGAUUCGUCGCCUCUUCGGCAUCUGUGGUGUGAUAACCUCUUUACAGACACAAAAGCUACAGCAUUACCUUAGAUCAAGCAUCGCUAACUGGAAAGGUCUUGGCUUGCUGAAGCUUUGGUGUUUAGCAAUGGGUGGGAUGGAAGCUGUGGGAGACUUAAAGGGGUGGUAUGCGGAAGAAAUCAAGCGAGAGGCCUCGUUGAUGGGUUGGGCUACCCCAAGGCAACUGGAAAUGCAAAUGGAGGGGAUGCUAUGGUUUCCAAAAGCGCAUGGCCCAGCUUUCUGGGUACUCUGCAGAGGUCAGGGUCAUGUCGCCGUUGCCCCUGGGACGAAUUCGCUGCAUAGCGGGAAGUGGGAUGCAAAGUGGAAACCGGCUCUUCAGUUGUAGCUUUAUGGUUAGAAAAGUCCUCGCUGAACUUUCCUGCAAUAAUGUUAGUGCCUGUCUAUUGGCAUUGCGAACUGGAACUUUGCCCAAAGAAAAGUCAUAGUGAAAGAAAUACAAG